AUGCUAGCUUGCAAAACAAGGAAAACUUUUGUGCUUAUUAAAGCAUCUAUAAGAACAAUAGUGAACGAUGAUAUGUUUGGUGGUAGAGCAAUUUGGAAAGGCGACAUCGAUAUGGAUAAAUCUUAUUAUUUUGGCAAAAAAGAAAGAAAAGAGCUAAUGGAAAUGAUGCAAAAACUUGAGGACGCUGCGAAAGCUGAAGGUUUAAAAGUACCAUUUCUUGAUAAUAAUAGAUAUGUGACCCACAAGCUCUUAAAUAUUCUAGACAGGCAUUCAAUUCAUCCGGAAGAUACUCUUGUUGACGCCCUUGUGGCUUGGAAAAAUAAAAUUUAUGAAUAA